AUGAAGCGGUCCAGGAACGAGGACGUGGGGCCAACAUGGGCCGACCCAAACCAGCUUGGAAUCCCCAAACUUCGCGAAGCUUUAACCACAUUUGGAAUACGCCUCGAUGCAGGCGAAUGCCGCACCAAAUUAUUCCAGCGGUACGUCAAACUUGCCCGGAUCGAGUCUCCUGAAUCUGUGGAAUGUUGGACCGGCCUCGACUUGGACGCACCAUUGCCAGGCGCUGAGAGAUUUGUGGUCCCCAAGCUGAGGAUUAUAUUGGCUCUCUACUCGGUUGGCUACCCAGCACAAGCAAGCCGCGGUCAUCUAGUCAAGCUAUUCAACGCCCUUGCAAAGGAGCGUGAUCCUAGUGGCUCAGUCGGCGAUAUCUGUACCCGGUCCUCACAGUCGGAUCCGAAAAAGAAGAAGAAAAACUCAAAACCAACACCUCUGAACCUGUUGCCGCAGUCCAAGCCUUCGAGGGACAAAAUCGCACCAACGCACGCCGACUCGCCAAGCCAUGUAGGGAAGACUCGUCGCACCAAAGCCAGAGAAGAUAAAUUCUUCCAGCCAUAUCGAUCCUCCGAAAGGCCAGCUAGAUCCUCCGUGUGCCCCUCAUCUCAAUCAUCUGGACGGUCCCUAUCUCAAGUCUCGAGGUCAUCAGAUGCCUACUCGCUUCGCCGAUCGCCCCGGUUGAGGGCAGCACAAGAACAGAUGGAGCAAUCAAGAGCUUCCCACCGGCCUGCCCAAUCAUCAAACAGAUGUGAAGAUGAAACAGAUGCAGAUGAAGCAGACAAUGACGCUGAUGAAACAGACGAUGGCGAUGAUAAGACAGACGAUGACGCUGACUCUCAGGCGCCGACGCAUGCCACUCGUUCGGCAACAUGGGAGCCUUCCUCCCCUGAAGCCCAUCAUCAGUCCCCCAUUGCCGCCUCCUCUGAAGCCGGAGACUCUGAAAGAACCGCCUCUCAGCCGCCUUCUGCAGCAUCUGACUCACGACCUGCUGAAGACGGGCACUCUGAAGGGGCUGCCUCUGAGUCGCUCUCAAACGAACCUCCCACUCCCUCUGUGAAAGAUGAAUCAGACGAUGACGCCGACUCUCGGGCGCCUCCCCCAUUGCCGCCUCCUCUGAAGCCGGAGACUCUGAACGAACCCGCCUCUCAGCCGCCUUCUGCAGCAUCUGACUCACGACCUGCUGAAGACGGGCACUCUGAAGGGGCUGCCUCUGAGUCGCUCUCAAACGAACCUCCCACUCCCUCUGUGAAAGAUGAAUCAGACGAUGACGCCGACUCUCGGGCGCCGUCCCAUGCCACUCGUUCGGCAACAUGGGAGCCUUCCUCCCCUGAAGCCCAUCAUCAGUCCCCCAUUGCCGCCUCCUCUGAACGAACCGCCUCUCAGCCACCUUCUGAAGCAUGUGACUCACGCUCGGAACGAACCGCCUCUCAGCUACCUUCUGAAGCAUCUGACUCACGCUCGGAACGAACCGCCUCUCAGCCACCUUCUGAAGCAUCUGACUCACGCUCUGAACAAACCGCCUCCCAGCCACCUUCUGAAGCAUCUGACUCACGCCCUGCUGAAGCCGCCUCUGAAGGCCAUCAUUCUAAGUCUUCCGUCAAUGUCUCCCGUGAAGCUCAGUCAUACAAAGUUCGGUCAGGGUCUCUUGUCGAUGAAGAUCGAGCAUCCGGACAAGAGUCUGGCGUGUCCUCCGGACACCACGAAUCGGAUGUAUCCAGCGCACCUACGCGUAGGACUCGACCCGCCUACAGGCCUGCACAGAAGCGUAAACCAGAAGUCCCCUCAGAAUGGCCGGACGCUCUGCGGCUCUCGCGGGUGGAGAUUGAAGCAUACCUUGAUGAGUACAAUGUUGCGUACACCUCAGCCACGCGGAUGGCACGCUUGAUCGGGAGCUACAAUCUUCUACGCUCAACGGUCCCAAACCUCGGCGAACAGCGGGCAUCUAAACGUCCUAAGGCUCCUCAGUCCCGUCCUCGGUCCUUGUCUAGGCCACCACGUAUCCGCAGAAAGAGCCGUUCUAGAGUCGAGGCAAGCGCUGAACCCGAUGAAUGUGGGUUUGUAUACAGGCGGCCGAAGCCUCCUUCCAUUCCUCGAACUGAAUCAUCACCUUCCGAGCCUUCUGUCAGUCGCGAGAACUCACCAUCCUCGGUGUCUCCGUCCGACUAUCAGCCAUCUGUGGCGUCAACUGAGCUAUCGGAAGCUCCAUCGGCAGCUCCAACCCCUCGGACAUCAAUCAGCGCUCGUUCAACGACCAGUUCAAGAGAGUUUCCUACCAAACAUACUCGGCAGAAGCGAGCCAAGAGCAACCAUGCUGAAGCUCCCACUCGCAAGAAACGAGCAAGACCUCGAGCUCAACAACGCCAGCUCAAAGGACGUCGCGAGUGGGGUCGUCCGUCCUCUACUCAACAAGAGGAUCAUCUUGUUAAUUUCGUUCCGGUCCUUCCUGACCAUUCACAGAAAAGAAAAAACCAACAGGCUGACCUCCAUGUCAAAAGGCGCCGCACUGGUACGGAUGAUCCUCGCCCGCAAGCAACCUCACGGCCCUCGAGGAUAAACCGAGUGCGGCAAAAUAGCUAUGCAGUGCGCCCAGCCUUUCUUGACAGCAACCAGCUCGACCCGCAUGAGUCGGAUCUUGAACACCAGCUCCCAGAGUCGCCUCAGUCCAAUCGCUCGUCCAGCGCCUUAAGACGCUUCUCAUUCAGGUCGCAGCCUGUAGACGAAGAAUCAGAUUCGCAGGAAUCCAAUGGCUUGCCCAGCGCCUCAAGACCCUUGCCAUCUAGGUCGCAGCCUGUAGACCACGAACCAGAUGCUCCUUCGACCCUGGUUCGGCCAAACAAACGGAAGCAGCCACAUCACCCUUCUGCUAGCACGCAUCGGGAAAAAAGGAGAGCCACCCCGGUGGCGCCACGUAUCCCGACCUCCGCGCAAGUUCACCGCCGAAGACAAAGACAGGCCAGAGUUCGUCCUGGCAGCCUCAGAGUGACCCCAUCUUUUCGUGAUGAUGACGUUAUUGUGCCAACUUAUCAUCCGGCGGCCAGUGGAGUCGAAAGCUGGAGGUCUUCUUUACCUCGAGAUUUAUCAUGCCCACCGGAGCCAACAACGUCAUCCCCAUCUGAACCACCAACGCCGCCACGGCGACGCCAGGCUGGCCCCGUAACCGGAUGCUGCGCUGGCCAACAAUUGGUCUCUCAGCUUACGGAGGCGACCGGUCUCCUAACUGUCUGUCUUGAAAGGGUCGGUCUUUCCGCGCAGGGGCCUCAGAUCUCUACCACCACUCGCCCCUCUGGCACUCAUCGCAACCUCUCUCUUUUGGCACGAGUCCGCCAGCACAUGAAGACCCUCUUUGGAAAAUGCAUGGAGUUGAACCAGUUCCCACCCCCUGCAACCGAACAGGAAAAGGCCAACUGGAAGGAUUACGACCAGGACAAUGACUCAGAGGAUGACUCAGACGAUGAAAGCGUGUUGAGUGGCUCUUUGCAUUCAGGUGAUGACCCUGCUUUUCCAUAUCGCAACGGUCCUGGUCAUAGGGAGGCUUCUGCAGCAACCCUCUCGAUCAUGUGGAGGUGCAUGCGAAAGGCUGGUGUCGUGUCAUUCCGGCCUGACUUUACUCGGCGUCAUCGUGAUCCAGAUAACAUGUUCUUAUGGGACCUUGCCCAUCACAUCUUUAUCAAGCUAGUUCGAGCACAACAUUAUUCAGAGAUCGAUCUGGAAAGCUCUACUGAAGCAAGUAUUCGCCAGGCAAUAUUAAAUCAUACGAGACACCUACGUCGGACGUAUCACGAAGCAGGCUGGGAUGCCAGGCGCCUGGACAGUAGGGCCGUGCUGAAACGUCGACAAGCGCGAACGAAUCGGCUCCGUGACAACCGAGUCAAGUUUCUCGGUACCCAGGCUGCACUCGUGCCGCUCAUUUCGGUUGCGACUGAAUGCACCAGCGACGCCGAAACUGAAGCCAACGAUGGAAGGCAAAAGCGUGUGGCUGUCAAACAUCUCCCGUGGCGGCAUCCUCGAAUCGGCCGAGCCUUUAAAAUGACCCAGGACCAGCACCAGAUCAUGUCCAACAUUCCUUCCAUCCGAUGUCUAUUGUAA